AUGGCACAAAAACAACCUCUAAUAAUCAAAGACAAAACCCAGAUGCGAAACUGGUCAAGAUCAAUGCGAUCCCAAUCCAAGCUCAUUGCUUUCGUUCCCACCAUGGGUUACCUUCACCAAGGCCAUCUUUCUCUCAUCACAGAAGCUCACAAACACGCCAAUGUCGUUGCAGUAUCAAUCUACGUCAACCCGGGUCAGUUUUCGCCUAAUGAAGAUCUUUCCACUUACCCUUCUGAUUUUGAAGGUGAUGUUCAGAAGCUUUUGUCUGUUCCUGGUGGUGUUGAUGUUGUUUUUAAUCCUAAGGAUUUGUAUGAUUAUGGGGAGAGUAAGGGUGGUGAGGGUGGUGGUGGUGGUGAUGGGGUGGUGUCUUGUGUUGAGAAGAGUGGUUUGGGACACGAGAGUUGGAUUAGAGUUGAGAAACUUGAGAAGGGUCUUUGUGGGAGGAGUAGGCCUGUUUUCUUUAGAGGUGUUGCUACGGUUGUUGCUAAGUUGUUUAAUAUUGUUGAGCCUGAUGUUGCUGUGUUUGGGAAGAAGGAUUAUCAGCAGUGGAGAGUUAUUCAGAGAAUGGUUCGCGAUCUUGAUUUUUCCAUAAAAGUUAUAGGUUGUGAAAUAACAAGGGAAAACGAUGGCCUAGCAAUGAGUUCGCGCAAUGUACAUCUCUCAUGUGAAGAGAGGGAAAAGGCGCUAUCUAUUAACAAAUCAUUAACAAGAGCCAAGUCAGCCGCAGAAGAUGGUCAGGUGCAAUGUGAGAAAUUGAGGAACUUAGUCAUCCAAUGUAUUGCUGACGCUGGUGGAAGAAUCGAUUAUGCUGAGAUUGUUGAUCAACAGAGUUUAGAGAAAGUGGAGUUGAUCAAAAGUCCUGUUGUGUUCUGUGUUGCUGCAUUUUUUGGGAAGGUGAGGCUUAUUGACAACAUGGAAAUCAACUUAUAA